UUAACAUCUCCACAUUGAAGCCAUAAACAACUCUGAUUACGGUUUUUGAUUUUAAGCUGAUGAAAUGGCAAUAACAUAUGAGUUUAACAGCUGGUUUUGGCCAUUUUGCAUACUGACUUUCCUUCUUUGGGUAGCACUGAAGUUUCUCAAAUUGUCAUCAUCACGAGAAAAUGAUGUAAGUAAUGGAAGACCCCUCGACUUUCUUGAGAAGUAUAUAGAAUCUGCUUCAAUAUUGAAUGAUGGACAGGGUAAUAUAUGCUGUGCUGUAUCACUCUCAUCUAAACAAAGCCUUUCAUUUCAAAAUAUUUACGAUUCUUUGGUACUGCUAGUAAAGCGUCAACCCAUGCUUAGAUGUGUAAUCUCAACGAAGAAUGAUGGCGAGCUUUACUAUGAUAUAAAGAAUGUUGAAGAUGCUAUUCUGCUCUUCGAUAUCACAAAAUCUGACGAUAAGAUUUCUGAUUGGAAAGAUUUAAUAUACAAGCACACUUCGAAGGUUCAUAAUAACAAAUUGUCGUGGAAAGCUGCUGUACUUGAACAGGAAUACAAUCCCACCACACAAGUUUAUUUGAAUAUGAUAAUGUUUGCUUUUAAACAUUCUUGUAUAGAUGGCAUUUCUAUCAUUAAAUUUGUAGAGCAAUUCAUAAAUACCCUUAAUGAGAUAUCCAGCGGAGUUAGUAAUGUUCACAAAGAAAUUACAAGUUUAAAAUUGUUGCCUAGUGGGCACAGCUUGGUUAUUCAAGAUAAAGUCGGCCAUAAAUUGUUUCAGUUCAUCAUUACAUGCUUUGGUUUUCGCCCAAUCCUGACCUUUCUUUUAAAGCAAAUGAUUUCUUACACUUUUAAAAACAAAGCACCUAAUUUAUUCUACAAAAAGCACCCUCCAAUUUCUUGGGAUAGAUCAGUUGAGCGUCUAGAAAUGAAGACCUUUACCAAAGAAGAGACGAAGUUGGUUGUUAAAGGCUGCAAAGCCAAUGGUUGCACAGUUACUGGAGCGAUAACAGCUGCCAUUCACUUGGCAUUCUACCAUUUAUUGGACGAAAAAGAUACGACAAAGCUUCACUUAGAAUCGAGGUUUGUCUUUAACAACCGAUCUUAUGGCAAUCAAAAAGCCCAAGACGACUACUUGGGUGUGUUCGUGUAUUCUCUUCUUUAUAACAUGAUGUAUUCCCAACCUGCCCUCAAAGAGUUUUGGACAAUGGCAAAAGAAAGUUCUGUUCAAUUAAAACAACUUGUGAAAAAUCAAGCAUUUGUCAGAGAAACUACUUUAAUGGCCAGCAGCGCUCUUGAUCCUAAAAUUUUGGCGAAUCUUCCUAAUGAAAACGACAACAUUUUGAAAUCUACCAGCAAUCUAAUUUCAAGCUAUGGCGUUUUUGAUUUUGACAACCCUAAUGCAGCAUCAACCAUCUAUAAAGUAGAAAACUGUUUUAUUCAUGGUAUUUUUCACAACACGGAUGUUAUAUUUCGACAUCACAUUUGUACUGUAAACGGAAAACUGACCUGGAUGAUAAAAUGUGAUGCCACCAUUUCUGAAGAUCAUCUCAAGCAGCUAAGUAAUUUAUGUUUUAAGGAACUGAUCAAUAACUGCUCUAUUGUGAAUAAAGAGUAAAUACCAAUGAUAUGAUAAACUUCCUCAAA